AUUUUAUACCAAAGUAUUCAAUAUAAUCGUAGUGUUCCUUAAUUACCCGAUAAAUCCACAUCUUUCUUUUUCGUAAAUUUUUUCGUGUAUUUAGCGUGGCUUUUAGUCUUUAAGUAAUUCACAGCAGAAUGAAUAAUUCUGAUACACUUUCCGGCACUAACCAAGAAAACUGAACAUUUAGUCCUUAUUUUUUCCUCUGUUUUUAUAUUCUUGGACUAUUCAAUUUGUAAAUGAACACUUCAAAGAUUGAUUUCCAAGAAAGAAUUCAACAAAACCAUGGCAUGAUCAGUAAUUUUCCUCUUCAAUCUUCUCAAUUCUUUGGUAAUAUGGAGAUUGGCGCACAGUCGUCAGGUCAGCUGCAACAGCAGAAUUUGAUUAGGCCUGAUCAUCAUAAGCAGCAGUACAGCUGCAACAGUAUAAUGAGCCGUUUCGAAUCACCAGCGUCGGCUUUUUAUGCAACGGAAAGAUUAUUCAUGGGGUUUCCACAGUACGGAUAUGGUCAAUUAAAUUCUCCUGUAACUUCAUUUCCUUAUUACUCCAAGCCGUAUGGAGAAAACUAUGCUAUUGAUCCUGCCGAUCAGCAGUUAGAUCAUAAUUUGGAAUUGAGAAGCAAUCUUCAAUCAAUUGUCAAAUCCCGUUUCUCUGAUAAUCAUUCUUCACAGUAUUCCGUUCCUGUCCGAGGAGAUCAAGAUCAUAAUCGAUUUGGCAACAAUUCGUAUGCGCAGUUAGGAUUUUGUUCGAGACAAGAGGCUCACUCGCCGGGAGUUGGUUCUGCGAAUUCUAUGCCUGCUCUUUCGAAUAAAACUCGAAUAAGAUGGACUCAAGAUCUUCAUGAGAAGUUCGUCCAGUGUGUGAAUCGCCUUGGAGGAGCUGAAAAAGCAACACCAAAGGCAAUACUGAAGCUAAUGGACUCAGAUGGAUUGACUAUUUUUCAUGUCAAAAGUCAUUUGCAGAAAUAUAGAAUUGCAAAAUACAUGCCAGAUUCUUCCGAAGGAAAGGCUGAGAAAAGAAAUAGCAUAAAUGAUCUAUCACAUAUGGAUCCUAAAACUGGCAUGCAAAUCACGGAGGCUCUGCAACUCCAAUUAGAUGUCCAGCGGCGUCUGCACGAACAACUAGAGAUUCAGAAAAAUCUACAAUUGCGGAUCGAAGAACAAGGCAGACAACUUAAGAAGAUGUUUGAUGAACAACAACAGAGGACGAAUAAUAUCAGUAAUAACGAGUUCAGUAUCGAAGACGUUGAGAUUUCAAUUGUAGAUGAAGGAUCUAAUGGUAUUUCUAAUUUUCCAUCCAAGAUUAGUUAGUUUGGUGAAUUUCAGCAAAAGAUCAUUUAUUCAGGAAGAACAUUGUCUACUCUGUGUCUAUAGAGAAAGAAAAAAAGUAAAUAGAGAAGAAAAUGGGUGGUAAAAGUACAUAACAGGAACACUGUUAAUUUACUGCAAAUAUGGAUAGUUUCAGAGUUUUGCAUUGAGUCUAGGCUGUAUUCAUUUCAUGUAUCACAGUUUCUACUUCUUCUAUACUCUUAGUUUACUUUUGCA